AUGGAAGUCGUAGAUGUGUUUCCGUUUUUCGAGGAAAUGGAGGUGCCUACAACUGAGGUUGACAUGUCUUACGUCUGGAGUGUUGAAGACGAUAUGCUUAAUUUUUACUUCUCUUACGUCCGCUUGAGUCAUAUGUGGCUCACUUUUGCGAGCUUUCGUCGAUCUCGAAAUGAAAAUCAUCCUCUUGUACUCCAAACCCUGGCUAGCAAGAUCCACAAGAAACUUCUAGAGACAUUCUCCCAAGAUACCAAGGCAGUUCUAUAUUUCGAUAGCUCGUCCACAAUCCAAAAGACAAAGGCGAGAAAUAGCCCUCCUAAGGAAGAAUCCAAGAAGGGCACCUAUACGGAAUUCAAGAUAGACAACAUACUGCAACCGCUUGAUGCCAAUCGACAUCAAUGGGUUGUGGUGGCUAUGCAACAAAUAAACGAUUAUACAAAUCACGUCCCAGCCAAGUCAUUUUCAAAAAUUUGGCUGCAAGUCGAAAGCGAGAUUGAGACGAAGAGGGUUAUAGUUGCAAGCGCUACGAAUAAAGUCACGACGGCUGACAAUACAUCAACGUUGGCAAUCAUCAUGCCUAUAAAGACUAAAACCUUUCGGACUUCUGGUAAAAGGCUUACAACCGAAAAAGUCGAAGGCGGUUCAAAAAUCGAGUACAAAGAAAGUUAUGUGAAACAAGGCUUCAAGAAUGGUAUGUCAGCAGCAAGUUACCGAAGGCCAGAGCGCUGGAAACGCCAAUGGCAAAAAGGGGUACUGAAGAAUAUAGUCGGAGACGUGAUAAAUAAGUAUUUCAAGGCCGUUACCUUAAGCAUCGGUACACUUACUCCAUGUCCCCAGCGCUCUGCAGAAUUUGUCCUUUUUCAAAGGUUGUCACAAUCGGAACAGUCAACGACUGGCCACGAUAUUAAGGUACCAAAAGAAGCUCCAACAAUUUGA